GUAGUGUACCCAGACAGGGGCUACUACGAUUUGUGUGUGGAGGAUAGCACAGAAGACGCAAGUGAGCUUUUUUCAGCCAUAAUUAGAAAGAAGAAAAAAAGGGUGGAAAAAUUCAAAUUUACAAAAGUAACGAGCAGUAACUAAAGUGAAUCAAACGUGUUCUUCGCACGGAACGGAACGCACGGAGCAGGGAACGGAAAGCCACCAACACACCCUACACGGAUAUAGGUGUGUGCGUGUGUGGUGAUUACUACGAUUUGAUGAGUGUUCCCGGAGUGACGACGCUCCAAGGGUAGUGCGCUUUUCUGUGCCUUACAGUGAGGUUAGCAGGUGUUGUGCCAGUGCGAUGCGAUCUCGAAUCCCGUGGGAAUGUUGCCAGUGAGCGGAGGGCCUGUUCAGUGGGUGUUCAAUCAAUAGUUGGCGUGUUUUGCGUAUAUCGCAGGUGAAACAGUGUUACAUUUCCCGUCGCUUUUUGCAGUUGAAAGAGGGUGCUGCAGUUGCCUCUAUGUGCGUGUGCCGAUAGUGUGAUAGUGCGAUAGUGGUGAAUAGAGUGCUCAAUACACAACCCCCCGCUCAAAAUGAAGAGCCACAGCCGCACGCGGACUGUGAAACAGUGGAAAAAUCGUCUAAAAUAUCGAUCGGCAAUGAUGAUCGGCAAGUUGCUGCCAGUGUUGUUGGUGCUAUACGCGAGUGUUCUUGUGCUACCGGGUCAGUGUCAGGUGGAGGAUGUGGAUGACUUCGGCGACCAGCUGCAUCAUCCCGAUCGGGAUGUGGAGCAUGUGCCAGCGCCGAGUAGUAAAGAAAUCAUCACGAAUCACAUCGUAACCGACCACAGCGACGGGGAGGGAAUGGGUGUUGGUGAUUCACACUAUCAAGACGGCGAGAAUGGUGUGGACGGGCCGGGCGGACGGUACACCGAAAUCGGCGGAGAUGUGGUGCUGGGCGAGAAGAUUCUCCGUGCCUCGGAAAGCCCGUACUCGAUGCGGACAGAUCUGGAGGUGGAACGGCGUGCGCGACUCAUCAUCGAGGCCGGCGUUACGAUCCACUUUGCACCGAUGGUCGGCAUUACGGUGCGCGGCUCGGUAGUGGCAAUGGGUAAUGCGGAGAAUAAAAUUACACUCACCACAAUGCCCAACACGGGCUACAAGGAUGUGCCUUCCGAUCCCAGGGAGGCCGGCGUGAGAUUGGUCGAUGGUCCAAGCCCACUCGCUGGACGUCUGCAGCUGCUCAACAACGGCAAAUGGCGAUCUGUUUGUUCCAACUCCAAGAACUGGACCAUUGCGGACUAUGAAACGACCUGCCGGCAGCUGGGCUUCAAGGGCGGUCGAUUCUGGAACUGGAUGGACCGCAUUGCCAACUACGAACCGCGCCUACUGUACGAGGAGCCUCGCUGUCUCGGUACGGAAGGUUCGCUCUUCGAUUGUGCCUGGCCGUCGAGGCAGGUCGGUUCGGGCGUUUGCGACUACCACAGUGACAUUGGUGUGCAGUGUUUGCCACUGUUUGACCAGGUGACGCCUCACUGGCGUGGGCUGAAGUUCGAGAAUGCCGAAAGCAAAGAGACACUGUCCUACAAUCACGUGCUGUACGAUUCCAUUUCCCUGUCCCAGCUGCGGCAUGUGGACAUUGUGCGUGCUGGCACGGGCCGUGGAGGAUCGGCCGAAGCAGCGAUCAGUGUGAUGGGUGUCCCGCCGGUACUGGAGUUUGUCACGAUCGAUCACUCGUCUUACACCGGGAUCAAUGUGACGCGUCACGAUGCUGCCUUCAGCUUCCGCAAUGUAACGGUACGCCGGAGCCGUGGAUUCGGUAUCUUCAUGAACUCAAGCUACGGAUCGGCCCAUCUGGAGGGUGUCACGGUGGCGGAGAAUGGUGCGGACGGGAUACGGUACGUGGGGCACGAUUUGCGCGCCGACGAACGGACCGAUCGCAGCAAGGUGUUUGAUUUCUGUACGCUCACCUCAACGGCGUGGCAGAUCUAUCCGCUGCAACUGUCGUUCGAGCAGUCACCGUUUGCACUGUCGGCGAAGGAGUGCGCACGAUCGUUCGAAACCGCGUACGGGUACGUGCUGACGAUGCACUUCGUGUACUUCGAGCUGGCCCGGAACGAGUCCGCCCAGAUCUCGGUGUACGAUGGGAUGUCGGAAAGUGAUCGGUUGCUAGCUUCGUGGGAUAUGAGGAAUCAAACGCGCCCGCAGAGUGUUACCAGCACGCGGGAAAAGCUGUUCAUCAAGCUGCGGGCUGAGCCCAGAUCGGCUGUGCUGGCGCACUUCCGUGUAACGUCUGGCGUUACGAAGGCGUACGAUUUGAACGUAACGCAGGGUACGAUCGUGGAUAAUGGUGGGCGUGGCAUUGCGGUGGAUAAUUUAAGAUCCCAGGUGCAUGUGCACGAGACGACGAUCAGCAACAAUCGGCAUGCAGCUGGGCUGCACGUUACGAGCGGUGCCGGUGACGUUAACGUAACGCACUCGACGAUCAACUACAAUCAAGGCGAUGGCAUUAACAUCACGUACUACGGUGGCAAUAGAAACGUUUCGCGCAGCACGAUUGAAUCGAACCGCGGACAUGGGUUUGCCGUGUGGCUCAAUCAAACGAUGAAGGAGAGGCGCGAAUUUUUGGAGUUCAAUCAAACGACUACGAUCGAGUACUCGCACAUCGUGCGCAAUCUGGAGAUAGGUGUGCUGCACGGUAACUUCUGCGGAGAUUCUUGGGUGAACGUGACGGGGAAUCUGUUCAACGACAGUGCGAGCGAUGCGGUAGACAUACAGUCUUGCUGGUUUGAAACGCCGGACGGUAGGCGGAUGAGGUUGCAGAUAGGACAUAACAACUUCGAGCACUCUCAGCGCAUUGCGGUCGUGCUUAACCCGAUCCUGAACCUGGACGGUAGGAUAGAGUUCAAUCAUUUCACCCGCGGACGAUACGGUGCACUGCUGACGCGCAACAAACCACUGGAGGAGUUCCGACCGUUGCCGGUGCGUUUGAUCGUGCAGCACAAUCACUUUAUGAAUAAUGAGGGCAUCUACGUGGCAUCGUUGGGGUUGUCACCGAACACGGACAGCAAAACGCAGUGGAUGCUGUUUACGCGCAACUUUGUGAAGGGAAAUCGCGUGAAGGAAGCGUUCGGACCGUUGGAAGAUGAAGGCGAAGGACUUGGCGGAGAGGGACGGUUGAAUCCACGAUCGCGCGUUGCCGCACCGGUGGUAAUUUCCUCCAACAAUGUGGACGUGUUCCGGAACAUCAUCUCGAACCAGGAGUCCCGGUACGAGGUCGGUUCGCAGCUGUCCGACCAGAGCAAGGCACUGAACGUGACGUACAACUGGUUGGGCAAUCAGGACGAGGAAAAGAUCUACGAUCGGCUGUUCCAUCGGAAGGAUCGGUAUGAUCUGGCAAAGAUUGAGUACUUCCCAUAUCUGUUGCACCACUCUAACCCGGGCACGCAGACGAUCGCACAGUAUCAAAAGUUUGUUCCGUUCUUCCACAAGGAGGGCAGCGAGCGGAUUGGAGGUGAAGUUGAUGGGCAGGAAAUACUGCCCGCAGGGAGCUACACGGUGGAGCGUGACAUUAAUGUGAGACCCGGUGGAAAAUUGAUUCUGAACUCGGGAGUAAUCCUGAACUUUGCACCGAGCGUCGGUAUGAUGGUGACGGGAAAACUGGAAGCUAGAGGACGCGCUCCAGACGAUAUUCUGUUCACGCUGAAACGAGAAGCGGUAAUGCUGGAGAAUGAAACGACCGAAGCGAUCGUAGAUGAUCAAGAGUUUGCGAUGGACAUCGAGACAGAAUCGAUCGUGGAAAAGGUACCGCACGAACCGCAAACUCCGAAAGUCCCCGUCCGACUUGUCGGUGGUGCUAACGAUCACGAAGGUCGGUUGCAGGUGUAUACCGAGGGUGUUUGGGGUACGGUGUGUGACUACGGGUGGACCAUCACAAAUGCGGCGUUGGUUUGUCAUCAGCUUGGAUUGGCGUUGAAUCCGAUGGAUUGGAGAUUACAGCGCUCCGAAGUUCCUGGUGCUGGUACGACGGAAGAUGUUCUACUGUCGAAUGUACGCUGUACCGAGCAUGAUAUCGACAUUACAAAGUGUCGUGCCGAGCGUGCAUCGCAAGGAGACUUUGAGAACUCGUGUGGACAUGAGAAUGACGUCGGCGUACGAUGCUACGAAGGUGCCUGGGCUGGUCUUCGGUUCGGUGUGCUGGCAGAACGAGCGGACCUACAGUACGUUACGAUCGAGAAGGCCGGUCUGUUCGAUUACGUGACCAACACGUUCAAGCCGGCACUGCAGAUGGACCUGGCUCGCCACAAUCUGGACAGUGUACGCGUGGUGGAGAACCUCCAGGAUGGGCUGGGCAUCAUCUACUCCGACAUCUACGCCGGAUCGUCGGUGAACAAUGUGAAGAAUUCGGAAUUUUCCGCCAACCGUGGCAACGGGAUCAGCAUCAAGCAGCUCGGUCUCAAGGUGCAGGGUAGCAUCAUCAAGGAUAAUCGCGGGUCGGGCAUCAAUCACGAUCAGGUGGUGUCGUCACUGGAGCAGCGCGAAAUCACUAGCUGGUUUAAUAUGGUGCCCGACUUUAAUGUGGACGAUUCGGACUACCGACCGAUCCUGGUGCCGGAAGGUGGCACCACCAACAUCGACAUCGACCAGUGGCAGAUCAAGCAUCUGAUCACGACGCCGGUACGCACGAGCGAACCAGUGGAGCGGAAGAUCAUCAUCCAGUGUCAGCCGGGGUACGUAAUCGGCGUUCAGCUGCUGAACCCGAUCGAGAACCGAUCGACGGAGAACAUUUGGAUACACGAUUCGCUCACGGGCAGUACCGAGUCGGACAUUUGGCAGGUGAAGCGUGAUCUGUCGGUGUUCCCGCUGACGACGAGCAGCUACGGUGCGAUCUUGCAGUAUCGCAGCGGUACGAACGCGCUCGGUGGUGCCGUUUUGGUGCUUCGCUCGAUCCAAGCACCGAUACAGAACAUUUACAACCGUAUUGUGCGUGGCCCGGUUCCAACGCUUCAGAUAACGUCUACGAAGAUACAGCGCAACUUCCGCGGUAUUACGGGCACGUACUACAAUCGCUAUCUGGGUGAGUCCGGCGAACUGUAUCUCCGAAAGGCAAACGAAUCGAUCAAGCUAAUCAACUGCGAGAUCAGUCACAACAGGGAGGAGGCCGUGUUUAUCCAUUCACCGUUCUGGGAUGUGCACGUGAGCAACAUUUCCGAGAUAACGGUGCACAUCAACAACAGUCUUGUGCGGGACAAUGGGCGUGGCAUACGGCAAUUCUCGAAGGAUUUGCGCUCGUCCAACAAUCUGUUCCACUACGUGCUGCAAGACACGACGGUCGAGAGCAACUCGUACGGUGGGUUGGAACUCAGCCUACCUUAUGUGUGGCAGUACAACGAAAACUUUACGCAUUCCGUGUUUCUGGGCAAUGAUACCUGGGCCCGCAAUCGGAAGUUUGGCAUCCUAAUCGAUGGCCAUUAUGCGGCGAUUAACAUCUCUUCGAACAUCUUCACAGAGAACGUAUGUGCGCAGGGUGUGAUCGGUUUCCGGGGGAUGGAAAAAAAGAUGAGGAUUGAUAACAAUCGGAUCACGAGGAACUAUGGCAGCUAUAUGGUGGAGUUCCGGUCGGACAGUCAGAGCGAGAUUCUGGGCGAGAUACCGGCCCUGUUGGCAUUCAAUCAGAUCGAAAGCAACGAGGAGCUGAAAGACACGCGGUCCUCGAUGCGCAACUUCAUCCGGGGUGAACGUAACAAUGCAAACGAUCCGACAUGUGUGAUCGGGUUUGGAGGAGUGCAGAAGGUACAGAUCUAUCGCAAUGUGAUCUCGAACAAUCAGCAGGAUUACGAUUUGAUUGCGGGCGUGAAGUCAGCCCGGUUGAGGAACUAUCUGGAUGCGCGCGAGAAUUGGUGGGGUAGUGCGGACGAGUUGCACAUUCGCAGGCGGAUCUUUGACUUUGACGAUUGGAACAAUCACGCGGAGGCACUGUACCGGCCGUACCUGAUCGAGGACAUCAUCGAUGGCAGUGUGUCGGUGAGUGAGGGUCCGAGUCCGCCGGUCGAUUUAAAUGCGCUUGGUGGUCGAAUUUUGGAAGAUCUAUCAAUCUUCCGGCGGGAGUUGCCGUAUGUCAUACGUUCGGACAUUACCGUCAUGCCCGGGGUGACGUUAAGCAUCUUCCCCGGCGUUGUGAUGGAGUUUGCACCGAAUGUAGGUAUUCUGGUGCUUGGAACAUUGCUAGCCCGUGGUACCAGUGAUGCAGAAAUUGUGAUGAAACCGAUCGAAAGUGCCUCGGAAGGAAUGCACCGUGUGGAACGAUCGUUGGAGAACAUGGUCAACUACGAUUCAAUCCGUCUCUGCACCAACCGGAACUGCUCACAAGGUGAUGGCGAAAGCGAACGGGCAAAGGAAGGCUUCCUGGAGUACUACAAUCACACCACACUGCAAUGGAUUCCGAUUUGUGAUCGGCGGUUUACGGAGCGCAAUGCACAGGUCGUCUGCCGAGAGCUUGGGUACGAUCCGCUGGAUGUAUUCUUCGGGCACGAUCGGAGGAUUGAGUUCCACACUAACUCGCUGACCCGCAUUUGGUCGUGGGUUGAACCAAUGGAGUGUCACGGCGACGAGCUGCGGCUCGAGGAGUGUCCCGAGCGGCUAAACGGUCAGCUUUACGGCCGCCGUCACGAAUGCCAGUGGGAUUCGGAGUUUGUUUUCAUCAGCUGCAAUGGGGAGUCAGAGCAGCGCAACUACUGGGGAGGAAUACGCUUCGCUAAUCAAGAUUUCGAAGCGAGCAUGUACGAACACCGCCUUCAUGAUACGCACACCCACACGACGGCACGGCCAGUCGAGAGCGUGAUGGACUUUGUGCGCAUCCAGCGAGCGGGACUGCUGCACGGAGAGAAGUCACCGGCGAUUCAAACGAUCGCCACGAACCCCAGCAUCAGCUCGGUUUCGAUCAGGGACAGUGCACAUCAUGGCGUGAAUCUGAUCUCGCCGACCAAUGCUAUCCACCUGAACCAUCUGCAGAUCUUGCGCAGUCUCGGACAGGGCAUCAAUGCGAUUUCGCUGACGGGUGAGGGUCGCGAGAGUGACGAAUCGAGUUACAGCCCGCUGAAGGAUCUCGAUCUGCCGUACAAUCUGUUCUCGCUGGUGGACAUCUGCGACACGAACAAGGAAAUUACGCUCGAGGAGCGCGUGCUGGUGUACUAUAAGUAUGAUAACAAUCCAGUUAAUUGUGUGAAGAUCUUCAAGAGUGCGUACAGGGUGAAGCCGCUAGGCUUUCGAUUGCUGCAGUCCAAUCUGUUCAACCACUCGAAGGAGUAUGGACGGCGGGACAUGAUCCAGCUGAUGGAUGGUGAUAUCUAUAAUGUGUCUGCGCGCAUUAUAGGGACAGUCGAUGCGGAUUCGGACAAUCAAAAGCGACUGUUCCGCACGAGGGAACCGGCACUGAGCGUGCGGCUAAUUGCUAGUGGAGCACCGGCACGACAUGGAUUCAUUGCGGAGGUCGUAACACUUCCGAUUUCAGCCAUUGGAUUCAAUCGUGACGCACAGCACAACAUUUCCAACACGGAGAUACAGGGCUGUGUCGGUGGUGCGCUGCAGUACACAUCCGUUGGUGAGGUGUCCCCAAUACUGACGCUGGAACGGAACCGAAUCAUGAACAACUGUCGGCAGCUGUACGGGAACUUCUCUUCGUGCGAGUCUGCCAUCAGGAUCGAUGUUCAGAACAUGCAAUCAUUACAUUUCAGGAACAAUCUAAUCCAGGCCAACCAAGGUGGUCUCUCCAUUCGGGCCGAUUCUCGCGGCUCAGCUACAUCGCUGCGUGGCUGGAUCCAUCACAACCUGUUCGCCCGCAAUCGCAACCGACCGGCGAUCUACGUCGAUGGACGACAGUCCUCCCCUUACCAGGAGGUGAUCAUACACAACAACUACAUCACCCAGAACGAUGCCACCUUCCGGGAUGUGGUGGUGCUGCGCCAGGUCGUCUCCAACUUCACCUACAACUACGUGCACCGGAACAGGGGACUGCGGAUCGUGCAGGUGUCCGGGUUCGAUCGUGUACGGCUGCCCAUUUACCAAACGACGACACACAACGGAUUUUAUGAUAACGUGGCCACCGAUUGGGAAGGACGGGCAACGAUCGUCGCCGGUACGGCCGGGCAACACUACGUGGACAAUAUUUUCGCCAACCCGGACAACGAUUACGAAAUCAUCACCGUCAAUCGUUCGAUAAUUGACUUCCAGUACUGGAAUAGCACGCUGGACGUGUGGAAGACGAAAAUCGACGCCCGGCACAACUACUGGAGCUACAACGAAACGCUCGCGGUUAGUUCGCGCAUCCGCGAUCGCUUCGACGAUCCGCAGCUGCUGGAGGUGUCCUUCCUGCCGCUGCACAUGAACAAUCUGACGGUGCUGGACGGGAAGUGCCCUCCCGGCUGGACACUGCUCAUCGAUACCUGCUACAUGUACGUCGGUGCACCGAUGAGCUUCCGGGAGGCGCGUGACUUCUGCCGAUCGGACAAUGCCUCGCUGCCGUUCAUCAGUGGCGAUGCCGACGCGCUGUGGAUGUUUAUCGAGCAGCAGUCACGCUAUCUGCGCAACUAUGAGCGGGUUUGGGUGCAGGAUGCGAACUAUAUCGAUCGCUGCACCUCCUUCCUGUACCAGAGCGUCGAGGUGGAGGAGUGCCACAAUCGGCACGCGUUCCUGUGCGAAAUCGAUCCAAAGGUGGAGAUUGAUCCACUGCACUGGACGGCUAGCAUCGAGGUGAUCGGAAUUAUUGUCGCGCUGGCGCUGGUCAUUGUGCUGAUCUGCAUCGUGUGUGUUUGCUGGUGCCAGAAGUCACGCUACCGCCAGGCUCAACGGCUGCAGCGACGCAACAGCAUCCGCCAGAGCAUGCGCAGCCUGAACAGCAUUGAUCCGCAGGGAUCGCUUCGCAGAAGAAAUUAUGCAAUGUCACGAUCGACCGACACACUGCGAACAGCCACAACGAACGACUACAAACGCAUGGCCUCGAACGGUUCGAUCGAGUCCGUCGACAAGAGCGUGCUCAGCACCGAAACCAGCUACGACGUGUACGAUCAAAAGCAGAAGCAGCAGUACAGCAACGAGUACGCCGAGCAGCUGAAAAGCCAGCUCGGUUACAGCGAAAGCAACGGCGCCCCAUCGGAGUACAUCCAGGCCAGCCAGGCGAACGGGGCCACCCCGGCCAAAACCAAAGUGUACGGUUUGCCCGAAUACAGCAGCCACGGGGGUAGCAUCGCGCUGGAGCUUGCCUUCCGCAACGAAGGCUUCCGGGACACGUCCACCACCUACUCGGGCGUGACGCGCCAAAACUCGCUCAGCACUGCCAUCAACGAGGAGUCGCCCAUCAUCCAUGCGCCGGGCGGCGAGGAGGAGAUGCUGGAAGAGACCGGCUCCGACUACUACGGCAACUCGAGCACACUGCCCAUGCGCGUGCAGGACAAGCUUUCCUUCCUGCACGAGCUGAAGCAGCAUCUGCCCGAAUACGAACCGCCGACCGCUUCCGUCAGCCACAGCAGCUUUCAGCCGGCCCGCAGCUCGCAAACCGAAUCACUGGUCGGUGGUGUGAACGGUGCCGCCAUCCCGUACAGUGUGCAGCGAAGCCCACCGGCAAGGCCAGCGCCGCCAGUCGUCCCACCGAUGGGUCACGUGUACCAGCAACCGUCGAUACAGGUGCGCCGGCCAGCACCGCCCGAGCCGGAACAGAUGCGCCGGCCGGAUUCGUACAUCAAGGCGGUCAAGAAGUAUGCCACACCGGGCCGGGAGCGUGACUCCAUACUGCCACCGCCACGCACCGACAGCCAGCAGCAGCAGCGGCCCAAGACACUGUACGAAUCGUCCGGCGAACAGCUGGACCCAGCGCCAUCGAUGCCACCGGCCGGCGGGUCGCGGUCGAACUACGCACGGUCCAAAUCGGAAGCGCUGCUCGAGACGAACUUCGACGGUACGCCCGGUGUCGACGGCCAGCCGGUGCUGAGUGCGGACAGUCGAAGCUACUCGCAACCACUCGAAACUGCAAUGUAAGACAGACGGAUGUUUGUGUGUGCAUUAGUUUGCAAAUGCUGCUUUCUAUUUUUUUGUUUUGUAAACGAAACUGUACAGCUUUAGCUUUGUAAGGUAACGAACGAUUUAGCGAAUCAAAAACAAACCAAGCGAACAAAGGUUAGCACAAAAUGAUUCAAAGAGAGAGAGAAGGGGGAUUAUAGUGACUUUGGAGGUGCUUUUAUACGUAAGCAGCUUGAGCCGUUGUGUUUGAAAACGUUUAUAGAAAGAUAAGAGAUAAUGCGAGAGGAUCAGUGCAGUACUAUCUCUCAGUAGGACAAUCGUGAUAUGGACAGGGAAAUCCCUACAGCGUAAUGCACCAGCAAAUUGACUGCUGUGUGGUGCCUUAAUGUUUCAUACUGCACAAAUAUACUACUGCCCCUUCACGUCGUAGGGGUUCAUGUUAGGUUCCAUGACCAAUGAAGGCAAAACACAAAACUCCCCGCCCUUUCAACCGUUUCACAUCGAGAUAAUCGAUGUGGUAUCGUCUGCGUGAUAGAAAAGGCGUGUGUUCAAUAGGAGCAUGUGUUUUUGUUCAAAAGUUUUUAAAAGUGAAAAAUUGAUUUUAAAUACGUGUUAAUGUUCUGAUUCUGAUGAGUAAAUGACAAUCGAUCGUCAAGUGACAAAAGCACCCCCAACACGAUAAACGUAAUUACGGUAGAACAAAUCUACGAAACACUGUUGUGUUUGAAUGCGUUUCUUUUUUUAACUGUUCGUGUUUUAGGUUAAUGUAGUUUAAUGGAAUGAUUUUAUGUUCAGCGCAAUAAAAACAAGCAACAUAGCCAAGAGGAGGAUGUUGGAUGAUAAAUGUUUAA